AUGGAAGGAUAUGAAAGAAAGAAGGCAGAGUUGGGGAAGACGCAGGCUGAAACUCAGCAGAUGAUCCAGAAGAGACAACUGAAGAUUGAGGAGAUCAAACACUCAGUGGACCUCAGUGAGAAAGAAGCAGACAGAGAGAUAGCAGAAGGUGUUCAGGUCUUCACUGCUCUGAAACAGUCUGUUGAGAGAGGCCAGGCCAAUCUCAUCAACACGAUCAAAGUGAAGAAGAAAACAACUGAAAAAAAGGCUGAAGCUUUAAUCAAAGAGUUGGAACAGGAAAUCUCUGAGCUGAAGAAGAGAAGCUCUGAGGUAGAGCAGGUCACACACUCUGAAGACCACCUGCAUUUUCUACAAAGUGUCAAGUCCCUAAACAUUCAACACCGACAACCCUCCAAGGACUUGAGAAAAUUCCGUUUGACCCCAGCGGUAUAUGAGGGGACAGUGGUAAAGGCUGUGGCUAAGGUAGAGGAGAUGUUCAGUAAAGAGAUGAAGAAGCUGCUUGAAGCUGAGCUGAAGAGGAUCCAGAAGUAUGCAGUGGAUGUGACUCUUGACCCUGAUACAGCCUAUCCCAGUCUCAUCCUGUCUGAUGAUGGAAAACAAGUGAGGUAUGGUGAUGUUCAAAAGAAACUCCCAGACAACCCAGAGAGAUUUUCUGAUUGUAAUUGUGUUUUAGGAAAGCAGAAUUUCUCUUCAGGCAGAUUUUACUUUGAGGUUCAAGUUAAAAGAAAGACUGGAUGGGAUUUAGGAGUGGCCAGAAAGUCGAUCAACAGGAAGGGAGAGAUCAUAUCGACCCCUAAAGAUGGUUACUGGACUAUAUGUUUGAGAAAUGGAAAUGAGUACAAAGCUCAAGGUGCUCCUUCAGUUCUUCUCUCUCUGAAGUCUCGGCCUCAGAAGGUGGGGGUGUUUGUGGAUUAUGAGGAGGGUCUGGUCUCCUUUUAUGACGUAGAUGCUGCAGCUCUGAUCUACUCCUUUACUGGCUGCUCCUUCACUGAGAAACUCUACCCAUUCUUUGGUCCUGGUGAUAAAUGUGGCCGUAAAAACUCAGCCCCUCUGAUCAUCUCUCCUGUCAGAGUCACCUAAUCACUCAUCUUAUUUCAUGUGUUGAUUUGUUUUCAUUCAAGGAAACAAACAUCGAUAUUUAGAGUAUUUUCUACAAAAUAAGUUUAAUGUGGUGAUUGAUUAACAUAUGGUUUAGAUUCUGUAUACAACACAUAAGUGGAUGCAUUAAUCUACUCAACAAUCAAAUAAUUAUCUCUUCAACACUUUAUCGUAACACAUGUGGAGAAUAUCUAUGAACGUUGGAAAAAGCUAUAGAUUUAUUUUAACUUUAAAAAAAAAGGUUGUUUCUAAUGACACCAAAUUUGUCAAGCUAUAGUUAGAAUUGAUAAAAACAUUAAAUGGUUUAUAAUUAAUUGUGUCAUGAAGCUUCAUUUAAGAGAAAGGCCUUUUAAUGCCUCUACUGUGUACUACAUUUAAUAUGUGUAAUAGUUAAACUGCUAGAAAACUAAAAUGAAGCUAAAUAAUAUGAUAAAUCCUCAUUUGUGUUCAAAUGGUUUGGUUAAUAACUGUUAACUUGUAUAUCUACAUGCCAGGUUUUAUAUUGAUUACUGCUAAAAAGGCUUAUGAAUCAAAGACAUCUGUAAAUAUGUGAUUGUGAGUUAAGAAAACAGUAAAAUAAACUAGAUGUUUGGUCUGAGAAAGCAGGGACUCGAGCACUAAACACUGAACAGGAAGGCCUGGUUUACACAUCAUUUGUAUUUCAUGACACAUUUCCUGAGGCUAAUUCACAUUAAAAAAAUAUAAGUUGAUGGCUUUUUGUGUGAAGAGCUUGGAGGAUGAAAUGUUUGUUUCCACUAGCAGUGAUUGGAUAUUGGCUGUAGAGCAGAAAGCAGUGGGGCUGAUAUCAGUGAGAUAGCAUUCACUUUUACGAGUGAAGGCAGUCACUAUAACACAAAAACUACUCUUUACAAUGAGGUAACUAACUACAGAGUUUAGUAUUAUACAAGUAUUUAUGCCAACAACUCAUAUGAGGAAAAAUUAGGUUUGAUUUGAUGACAUUUUUUAAGGAUAUAACAGUUUGAUUUAAGCCCUACCAUUUGCUUCCUGUAGUUUUGUCAUAUUUUUUAUAAAACUAGUUUCCCCCUUUGUGAUAUAAAAAGCUGAAUCAACAUGAUGUCCUACAUUUGUUUGCAUUGUGUCAACACUUAUGUGUGUUUGUUGUGCGUGGUAGAAACAACUGGGUGAAAUGUGAUGAGGGUCACAUGACUAACGGGGGUUGGCCAAAAGCCAGAACACACCUCUUCCCAGGUUCUCAGUUUUAACUCAUCAUGCAUACACGAAACCCUCCUUUUCUUAUACUUUGAAAAAAUGCCUUUUCAAAUGAUUUGCCUCCCAGCACAUUUUUAUAAUCAUUGAAUUAAACAAGAACUCAAUGUGAAACGGAUUAAAUAUGUUGUCUUUCAUCCAAGAUAAGUACAAUUUUAAAUAAAAAAAUAUAUAUACUAA